AUGUCAGUAUUGAUAAACGGCUCGCCUUCUAAGCCGUUCAAGAUGGAAAAGAGCUUUCAACAAGAUGAUCCUUUAUCUCUGUUCCUCUUUAUACUUGUUGUAGAUGUGUUACAUAGAAUGCUUGAAGAAGCAGUUAGGAAUGGUCGAUUAUCACCUCUGUUGGUUGGAAGAGAUCAUAUAGAGUUGUCGCAUCUUCAGUUCGCGGAUGAUACGAUUUUGUUCUGCCCUCCUGAAGAUGAGACCAUUAAGAACUACAAGAGGCUGCUUCGGUGCUUUGAGUUGAUGUCAGGUUUAAGUAUUAAUUUUGAGAAGUCGAGUUUAAUUUCUAUCAACUAUGACGAGCAGUGGGUACGACGUAUGUGUAAUGUGUUAGGCUGCAAGCAAGACUCCCUUCCAGUUAAAUAUUUGGGCAUCUCAUUAGGCGCGAACACAAGAUUGGUUAAGACGUGGAAGCCAGUAAUAGACAAAGUGGAAGAGAAGCUCAGCCUCUGGAAAGCCAAGGUGCUCAAUAAAGCCGGUAAGUUGGUGCUUAUUAAAUCUGUGUUGAAUAGCCUUCUGGUUUAUUAUUUGAGUCUAUAUAAGAUGACAAAGGCAGUUGCAGAGAAACUGAUUUCUUUACAAAGAAGAUUUUUAUGGAGUAGGGAGGACGGAAGGCCUGGUAUGGCCUUGGUGAAGUGGGAAGUGGUACAUGCUCCUAAAAGGUUAGGAGGAUUGGGAGUUGGAGACGCUGUAGUACGCAAUACAGCCCUUCUGUUUAAAGAGUGUCCGUUGUGGAAGAAGGUGGUGUUACAGGUAGAUAUGGCUCCAGAGGAUAUAUCAAGUUACAGAUUUACUAGGUCUAUUUGGAAAGGGCUUGUCCCUCCUAGAGUGGAGUUAUUUGUUUGGUUUGGAUUGACUGGCAGGGUUUGGUGUGCUUGGAUAUCUCAUGUUAGUUUGCAUUGGAUAUACCCGGGUACAGUAAAGGAGCAUUUCCAAAGCUGGACUGAGUUCUCAAUUAACAAGGAGGAGCGCAAGAGAUGGAUGGUGCUGACCCCUUUAGUUGUUGAUAGCAAUGCCGGAGAUGACAGAGGAUUUUAUGGUUAG